GACCGAAUCCUGUCGCGGAAAUGCGACUGGCGGCAGCUUUUUAUCUGACGGGUGGAGUACUGCCGGCAGCAUGUUACCUGCUAUGAAAACCGUGGAGGCGGAAGAAGAGUACGCGGAGGAUUGUCCCGAAUUGGUCCCCAUUGAGACCAAGCACCAAGAAAAAGAAGAAAAUCUUGACUUCAUCAUUAAGAUUCCAGUCACAAUUGUCACCGGGUAUUUAGGUGCUGGAAAGACAACACUUCUGAAUUACAUUCUGACAGAACAACAUAAUAGGAAAAUAGCAGUGAUCUUAAAUGAAUUUGGAGAAGGGAGUGCAGUAGAGAAAUCCUUAGCUGUCAGUCAAGGAGGAGAACUCUAUGAAGAAUGGCUGGAACUUAGAAACGGUUGCCUCUGCUGUUCAGUCAAGGACAAUGGCCUUAAAGCUAUAGAGAAUCUGAUGCAGAAGAAGGGCAAGUUUGAUUACAUACUCUUAGAGACCACUGGGCUAGCAGAUCCUGGUGCAGUGGCUUCUAUGUUUUGGGUUGAUGCUGAGUUAGGAAGUGAUAUUUAUCUUGAUGGCAUCAUAACUGUUGUAGAUUCAAAAUAUGGAUUAAAACAUUUAACUGAAGAAAAACCUGAUGGCCUUGUCAAUGAAGCUUCUAGGCAAGUUGCUUUGGCAGACAUGAUUCUCAUCAAUAAAACAGACUUGGUUUCAGAAGAGGAGCUAAACAAAUUGAGAACAACUAUCAGAUCAAUAAAUGGACUGGGAAAAGUUUUAGAAACUCAAAGAUCAAGUUUGCAGAAAAAACUCCAGCAUGUGUCAACGGCACCCCACCUUGAUCAGAGCAUUGUUACAGUCACAUUUGACGUACCAGGAAGUGCAGAGGAAGAGAGUCUAAAUGUAUUUAUCCAGAAUCUCCUGUGGGAAAAGAAUGUGAAGAACAAGGACGGCCGCUGCAUGGAGGUCAUCCGGCUGAAGGGCCUGGUGUCUAUCAAAGACAAACCACAGCAAAUGAUUGUGCAAGGCAUCCAUGAGCUGUACGAGCUGGAAGAGAGCCGAGUGAACUGGAAGGACGAUGCCGAGAGAUCCUGUCAGCUGGUCUUUAUUGGUAAAAAUUUAGAUAAGGAUAUUCUUCAACAGCUCUUCAUCACUGCUGUGGCAGAGACAAAAGAACAAAGGCCAGCACCAGGCCAAGGUGGAGCCUGUCCGUCGCACUAGAGGCGGUUUCUUACCAAAAGCACUGACAAGAAAGCAAACAUCAGUUUCCUACCAGAUGUGUCUAAAUCCUGGAGUCUUUACCUCUGUUAUGAAUUGGGAGUGUACUUUAUGAUGGCAUUUAUUUUAUAAAAACACAUAAAAUUUUAGUAAAUUAUUAUAAAAACAUCUGAUAUUCAUAAAAUAUAUCAUCUGGAGUUUUUUUGAGGCAAGUAUUUCACAAGAAUUCCAGAAUUUUCUUGGAUGUUUAAGUAUGACUGCUGACAACUUGUCCAUCAUUAUUUGUAAAAGUGAUGUCAAACUUUAACAUUUUCAUUUUCUCUUAAAAACUUCAGAUAAUUGCUGAGAUACAAUGAUUGUAUUGAUAGUAUCAAAAAAUUGCUGUCUUGUAUUUAAAAAAGGUUUAAACUUUAUUUUUAUGUUAUGUGUAUGGCUAUUUCAUCUACAUGUAUGUCUGUAUAUGUUAUGUGUGUGGGUAUUUCAUCUGCAUGUAU